GCGACGACUUGCCCCGGGUGCCACCAGCACUGCAAUUCCACUAGCAUUAGGGUCUCGCGUACCGCCCGGCGAGCAACCGGGCCCUCCCUGUGACAUUAGGGUCUCACGGGCAACCCAGUGACAACCGGGCACUUCCCAGUGACAUUAGGGUGUGGCGGUCACUCUAUCCUAGGUUUUUAGUGUGCCCGGUACCUCCCUGUGACAACCGCCCGGGGAUUACCAAUUUUUGUCAAGCCAUGCAUUAUCUCCGAUAUACGGUGUUUAUAAAUUUGUAGCGGCGCACGUCUUUCACGUGCUUGUAUUACGGUAAACCCAGUUUUAUGAAUGCCUGCUGAGAAGGCUGAGAAGGCUGAGAAUCAGAAGCUGCACACAGAUCGUGGGGAUCUGCAGGCCCAUACGCAGGGCUCCAGGGCUGAUCAGUGAUCUGUGUCCGAGACCUUUGAACAAGACUUUUGAGUGCCCGAAGACUGAAAAGAUGGCGGACCCGCGCAUUGCUCGCAUUAGCAAUGCUAUCCGCGCUAUUCCAGAUUUCCCCAAGAAAGGUAUCAUGUUUCGCGACAUCACCACCCUGCUCCUAGAUCCAGCAGCCUUCCAGGAUUCCAUUGACCUCUUUGUCGCGCGCUACAAGGAUCAGGGCAUCCAGGUGGUGGCAGGGAUCGAGGCUCGCGGCUUCAUCUUUGGCCCUCCCCUGGCCCUGGCGUUGGGCGCCAAGUUUGUUCCGUUGCGAAAGCCGCGGAAGCUCCCAGGUCCGACCAUUGGUGUGGACUACUCGCUCGAGUACGGCACCGACCGGAUCGAGAUGCACGUGGGCGCGGUGCAGGCGGGGGAGCGCGUUGUCAUCAUCGACGACCUCAUUGCCACGGGGGGCACCAUGGGAGCAGGCAUCGCGCUCAUCGACCAAGCUGGGGGCAAGGUCGUGGAGACUGCUUGUCUGAUAGAGCUCACAGAUCUGAAGGGCCGUGAGAAGCUUGGGAACACUCCACUGUUUGUCUUGGUCGAGUACGAAGGGGAGUAAGGGAUGAUUUGAAUGAUUGAGAUAACAAGGUACUAUUCGUACGUUCUCAUCAACAUUAUACUGACAACGUUGCAAAGCAGUCUCUGGCUCGGCUGAUUAUUUCGUAACUUUUUGUUCAAAUGUCUAUGGAGACAACUACGAGCGGCGCUGGGAUUCAACGCCAGUUUAAUGACAGACUGGAUAAUCGUCGACACUUAGUCAAAAGUCGGCAGAAUUGAUUGAAACUCUAUGGGUUGAUAUGUUAGACACUGGCACUGAUGGCCUCCAUUAGAUCCAAUUGAUUGAAGAAGCGUAAAAUGGUGACACUAACACGAGGUCUAUGCCCUGUAAGUCGAAUACGUCAAUUGAUCUGGUAUGUGUCAUGUCCCGCCUGCGCGGCAGCAGUCAAGGCGUGAACGUGUUCACCUGUUGUUUUGUGAUACUUCAGCGCAAAUCUGGUAGAUCG